AUGGCAGGCGCCGGCCCAAAGCGGCGCGCGUCCGCGGCGGCCGCGGCGGCCGAGGAGGAGGAGCGGCAGGCGCGGGAGCGGAUGCUGGCGACGCGGCGCGCGGACGGCGCGGAGGGCGCGGAGGGCGUGACCCUGCAGCGGAGCAUCACGCUCUUCAACGGCGUGGCCAUCAUCGUGGGCACCAUCAUCGGCUCGGGCAUCUUCGUGACGCCCACCGGCGUGCUCAAGGAGGCGGGCUCGCCGGGGCUGGCGCUGGUGGUGUGGGCCGUGUGCGGGGUCUUCUCCAUCGUGGGCGCGCUCUGCUACGCGGAGCUGGGCACCACCAUCACCAAGUCGGGCGGCGACUACGCCUACAUGCUCGAGGUGUACGGCUCGCUGCCCGCCUUCCUCAAGCUCUGGAUCGAGCUGCUCAUCAUCCGGCCGUCCUCGCAGUACAUCGUGGCGCUCGUCUUCGCCACCUACCUGCUCAAGCCGCUCUUCCCCACCUGCCCGGUGCCCGAGGAGGCCGCCAAGCUCGUGGCCUGCCUCUGCGUGCUGCUGCUCACGGCCGUGAACUGCUACAGCGUGAAGGCCGCCACCCGGGUCCAGGAUGCCUUCGCCGCGGCCAAGCUCCUGGCGCUGGCCUUGAUCAUUCUGCUGGGCUUCAUCCAGAUCGGGAAGGGUGACGUGUCCAAUCUGGAUCCCAAGUUCUCGUUUGAGGGCACCAAGCUGGACGUGGGGAACAUCGUGCUGGCGCUGUACAGCGGCCUCUUUGCCUACGGGGGAUGGAAUUACUUGAAUUUUGUUACAGAGGAGAUGAUCAAUCCCUACAGAAACCUGCCCCUGGCCAUCAUCAUCUCCCUCCCCAUCGUCACCCUGGUGUACGUGCUGACGAACCUGGCCUACUUCACCACACUGUCCACAGAGCAGAUGCUGACGUCGGAGGCUGUGGCCGUGGACUUCGGGACCUACCACCUGGGCGUCAUGUCCUGGAUCAUCCCCGUCUUCGUGGGCCUGUCCUGCUUCGGCUCCGUCAAUGGGUCCCUCUUCACGUCCUCUCGGCUGUUCUUCGUGGGAGCCAGGGAGGGCCACCUGCCCUCCGUCCUCUCCAUGAUCCACCCCCAGCUCCUGACGCCCAUGCCGUCCCUUGUCUUCACGUGCAUCAUGACGCUGCUGUACGCCUUCUCCAGAGACAUCUUCUCUGUCAUCAACUUCUUCAGCUUCUUCAACUGGCUCUGCGUGGCCCUGGCCAUCGCCGGGAUGCUAUGGCUCCGCUACCAGAAGCCUGAGCUGGAGCGGCCCAUCAAGGUGAACCUGGCCCUCCCGGUGUUCUUCAUCCUGGCCUGCCUCUUCCUGAUCGCGGUCUCCUUCUGGAAGACCCCCGUGGAGUGCGGCAUCGGCUUCACCAUAAUCCUCAGCGGCCUCCCCGUCUACUUCUUCGGGGUCUGGUGGAAAAACAAGCCCAAGUGGCUUGUCCAUGGCAUCUUUUCCACGACAGUCCUCUGCCAGAAGCUCAUGCAGGUGGUGCCCCAGGAGACGUAAGCCAGAAGGACCUAGAAGCUGCCGGAAAGAAAACGCACGAAGAUGGUGUUGGAGCAUCUCACCCUUGAACAGCGACUCCGGUCCCGUCAUCCAGGCAGCUCAGCUGAGGGCCCCACACCGUCCCUCCACCGGGUCGGGGGCUGGGGCCCCAGUGCAGACUGGUACGACUUUAGUCCCAGAAAGCGAACUUUUGUCUUCACUCCACGAGCGUAGCGCCAAGAAGAGGCCGGGCCCCUGACCCA